AUAAAACCAUACCCAUCUUUUGCUCUGUGUGUCUCUCCCUCUGAAAAUGGUGGCAGUCGACCAUAACCAUGUCUUACUGUGCACACAACUAGAAUGCAAAACAAUGGAAGAAAUGUUAACUUCCAUGGACCAAGCAAAGGCUGAAGGUGCAAAUAUUGUAGAAUUUUGCUUCGAUUCCAUGAAUUUUACUAACAUUUCUCAGGUUGACUACCUCAUCAACCGAAAAGCUCUCCCUGCUAUUUUUUCCUACAGGUUCAACUCACCCCACGGAGAGUGCAAAAGUAAUUGCAUCCAAGUAUUGAAGCGGGCUCUCGACUUGGAGGCCGAAUUUGUGGAAAUGGAUUAUGAGGUAGCUUCCGAAAUGAGCAUCGGCGAAUACAAAUACAAUCGAUCACGUAGCAAAGUGAUUGUGUCCAGCUACGUGAAUGACGGCAAACCUUCAACAGAGAAACUUGGUGAUCUAAUUGCAAGCAUGCAGUCAAUCGGGGCAGAUGUUAUCAAACUUGAAAUUGCCGUGGACUCUAUCAAUGAUUUGCCACCCAUUUUUCAGAUGCUUACUCUUUGCCAGGUGCCAUUAAUAGCUAUCGCAGUGGGCAGUCGAGGUCUGAUAAGCCAGCUGCUGGGUCCAAAAUUUGGUGGGUUUUUAGUCUAUGGAUCUCUGGGAAGCAAAUCCGUUGCAGGCUUUCCUACUCUUUCCAGCCUUAGACAAGUGUAUAAGGUUGAAAAUUUGAAGGCAGACACAAAAGUUUUUGGGCUAGUUUCAAAUCCAGUAGGCCAUAGUAAAGGUCCCAUUCUGCACAAUCACGCCUUCAGACAUGCCAGAUAUAAUGGAAUUUAUGUUCCCAUGCUGGUUGAUGAUGUCAAGGAGUUUUUUAAAACCUAUACAGCAACUGACUUCGCGGGUUUCAGUGUUGGUAUUCCACAUAAGGAAGCAGCGAUGGCAUGCUGUGAUGAAGUUCAUCCACUGGCUAAGUCCAUCGGAGCUGUAAAUACAAUCAUAAGGAGGCCUAUGGAUGGGAAGCUGAUAGGUUACAACACAGAUUGUGAUGCUUCAAUCUCUGCAAUAGAGGAUGCACUAAGAGAAAGGCAAGUUUGCAAAGGGGUGGCAUCAGACACUUCUCCCCUAGCUGGGAAAAUUUUUGUGCUGGUUGGAGCAGGAGGUGCAGGAAGAGCAUUGGCUUUUGGUGCCAAAAACAAAGGGGCCCGGGUUGUUAUUUUCAACCGCAAUUAUGAGAGAGCACAAGCUCUCGCACAUGCAGUUUCAGGGGAAGCACUGCCAUAUGAAUGUUUACACAAAUUCUACCCAGAGAAUGGCAUGAUUUUUGCAAAUGCUUCUGCUAUUGGAAUGGAGCCAAAUUCAAAUGAAAGUCCUCUUCCCAAGGAUGCCUUAAAAGCAUACGAGUUGGUGUUUGAUGCGGUCUAUACACCUAGAAAUACAAGGCUCUUGCAGGAGGCUAAAGACGUUGGAGCCUGUGUGGUGAGCGGGAUUGAGAUGUUCAUCAGGCAGGCCCUCGGUCAAUUUAGACUCUUCACUGGCGGCUUAGCUCCAGAAGUCUACAUGCGCAACCUUGUGCUGGAGCAGUUCUGAUUGUUAGUGCACUUAUGCCAAGGAUGGUAUCUGUUCGCAAAAAUUUCCCCACCAUUUCCACUGUAAGUGUGGUAUAAACUUGUAAAUGCAACAAAUCCAUGAAUAUGCUCCCCAGCUUGGUAGUAAGAUAGCAACUUAAGUGCUGGAGGAAACUCUGAUGGCUUGCCUAUUCAAAAUGUUCAGAGUGGUUCAGACUAUUGUACAUACCAGUAGUAUAUCAAUGACGGGAACUGUGUUCGAUGUUUGUGUUCUGUGCAUGACGGGGGAUAGACUCCUUAGUAUUUGCACUGUUUGAAUAAGAGUGAAUCACACUUUCCCACCCAA